AAUAAACUGAAGAAGAAGAAGAAGGAUACACCGGAAGUGAUUUUCUACUAGCGACAGAAGCUACACGAGUAAACUUUAGUUUUCUUGUUUUCUGUGAAUUAAGUUAGCCCAUUAAGACACUCCUAUGAGCAUACCAAGAGUAAUAGCAUAAUCUCUAAAAAUUACUGUUGAUUUUCUUGAUAGUAUUUUCGUGAUUUUGUUUUCGCUGCAUAUCCUCCCGGAAGCAACAACCUCUCCGAGUGCUAGCUUAGCCUGUUAGCUGUUAGCAGAUAUGAAGACAGCAAGUUAGGCUCUUUAAUGGUGAAAAUCGAGCCUCUGGCGGAGUUUGAGGAGAGAAACGUUUCUGCUGCGAUAAGACCCCGAAACUCUGUGACGUAACGGUACGCAAAGCAUUGUGGGUAGCAGUGGCGGGCUAGCUAUUGUAAAUGCUCGCACGAGCCGAUCGGAUGCCCAAAAGUUGUCGCGUGAUUAAUUAUCGUCGUGGUGGAAACAGAGUCGGCUUUGAUCAGUUUCUGUUUUGGAAUCAUCAGAGUUGGGAGUUUCUGAUUUUACGCGGAGGAGAUGGACGGCGUGGGCUGCAACGGUCAGGACAACAAAUGCCACAUUUGAACACGCAGUCGGGCACAUGCUGGUGUGUUCCAAGCAUUUCCUUAAACCGGUUAUGAAGCUCUAAAUCACUGAAGCGGCAGAUCAGCGAGAUUUUUCCUCACAGGUGAUGUCCACAUAGCUAUUUAAGUUAUUACUUGUGAUAUUUUUUUUCGGUCUCCUACCCGCAUCACUCGUAUUUAGCGUUCGUAACAUCCAUUGUAACAAAUCGAUCUCGCUGACCUGGCUUUCCCAGUGACGUCACACAGUGAGUCUGCAACCCGGAAGUCGGCACCCGCUAUACUGUCUAAAUUGCUAUAACGGCUUUUUUACAAGAUGCCUCGUCGUUGUGUCGCUAUGCACUGUUCCCACGAAGAUGGAAGAUUGUAUGAGUGGCCAAAGGACAGACUUAGAGCCCGUUUGUGGACGAAAUUCGUUCAGACAAAACGUAUGGGCUUCAAAGUCAAUAGGAAAGUUGUCACACGCCCACUUCUCUGCUAUCGUCAUUUUAAAGAGGACUGCUUUCUAAAUUUAAAACAAUAUCAGUCAGGAUACGCCAAAAGGCUGCUUCUUAAUUCCACGGCAGUACCAACUAUUCACAUGCCACGCCCAACAGGGGAUGGUGGUGCGUCUUCAGAAGCUGCUUCAUCACCGGUGACCAGUACCCCUCGCUCCCCUCGAUCUGCCUACGAAAAAAGGGAACACCAGCGGCAAAUCGAUGAUGCUAUAAAUGAGUCUGCCAUGUGGGGCAGGCCUGCAUCUGAAAUGAAGGAGUGUGAUCCUGACUGGACAACUUCUCUAAACCUUGAUCAUGCUGGGGUAAAAGCUGUUGGCCCGGCCAAAUUUGAUCUUCUUCGUGGGACGGGGAAGACUUUAAAGCAACGCCAGGCAACAUCUCCUCUUCCUACGUCUUCUGGGUCAGAUAUGGAUGAUGAAGCCAUGUUUCCUGCAGGUUUAAAAAUAGAAAGCCAGAGACUUGAGGCAAAUAGUGAAAGUGUCAUUUAUUUUAGGUACAAAAGGAAAAGGAGGAGACCUGGUCCUUGUGACACUCCGGAACAAGAAGAAGAAUACAGCAUGGACCAUUGUUCAGAUGUCCUGAAGCUGGUGGUGAUCGAAGAGGAGCUCCCUGCAGAGGAGCAGAACCAGAGUCCCAUGCCGGUCCAGGAGGACCAAAAGCCCCCACAGAUUAAAGUGGAGCAGGAGGACCAAAAGCCCCCACAGAUUAAAGUGGAGCAGGAGGACCAAAAGCCCCCACAGAUUAAAGAGGAGCAGGAGGACACUGAAAUUAUGCAGUUCACCUUCGAUUCUGUGACCGUUAAGAUUGAAGAUCAUGAAGAGAAACCUCAUAUCCCAGACCUCCUUUACAGUCAACCUGUGGAGAACACAGACUUUGUGGGAACAAAUCAAUGUUUAGAAUCAGACGACGAAGACAAAACCUGUAAUUCUUCUUCAGAGACAGACGUCAGUGACGGACACUGUGAGGAAAGUGAAGCCCAGCCAGCUACAGACCCAUCUGCUGUUUGUAAACAAAGAUGGCCGCACGCCAACCGUAGCAACGAAACAAUGGCGGGAAGCAGAGGGUUAAUAAAACACGCGAGUGCGUUAUCAGCGAAAGGUGGUGUAGCCUACUUUAAAAAACUAACUUUAACAAAUGGAAAACGGCUUCGUGAUCCACGGAAAAUUACUGUAUGGAAGGAUGACGUGAAAACAUGGCCAAAUAUUCAGUGGUCUGAUAUUUAUACAUAUUUGGUGGAAAAAACUCGCAUGUACACAAGAGAGGAACUACGAGCCUACAAAUCGCUUGAUGCGUAUGACUACAUGAUCGGCGGACAUCUAAAGAAGGUGACAUAUCAUGACCUUGACUCUGAGUUUUGUGUCCUCAAGUCUGAAAGUAAACAGCAAAAGACGACGACGUACAACGCUUGGGUCAUCAUCAAUAAAGCGGAUAACUACAUUCUCAGUGCAGACUGCACCUGUAUGGUGGGUCAUGGAUAUUGCUGCAGCCACGUAGCUGCGAUACUCUUCAAAAUAGAGCUCUGUGUGAGAAUGGGAGAGACCGGUAAAGCAGAAGUUGCCUCUGGAGUCUGCACGCUGAAAGACAGUAGCAAGGAAGUCCAACCAGCGCCGUUGAGGGAAAUCAGCUUCCACAGAUCUAAGCAGCUCAAAAGGCGUCUUCCAGGAACAUCAAAAAUUGGCCCAAACAGGGUCGCACUCCGAGUUCUGACACUUGACGACAUACUGGAACUGCAUGCCGUGGAGCCAGACGCUGCGGUGCUGACAAGUCUGGACAGCAGCGACACCGACACUGCAUCGUCUGGCGAACAUGACGAGUCGGACGACGAUUCAGAUGACGAUUCAGACGACACCAACGAGGAACAGACAGACUAACCUCUUUGACGCAUCACUUAGGGACCUCUCACCUCAGGAAUCACCGGUGAGAAGUAAUCAAAGAUUUUAAAGAAAUGAAUGUCAAAGGGAGCGGUACAUCCAUAGGGCUAGUCGGAUCACAAGCAGCAAAAGAAGUAGUUCAUUGUGCAACACGUCAUUAAAAAAAAAGACAGAGAUUCUGCAGGAGACCACGUCCAAGUCAAAAGCACAAGUGUUUUAUCUCAAGCGUGUUACCUGAACUCCUAAGAAGAAAAUAAGACCCUUUCUUGAAGUGUAAGAGAGUAUAUAAUAGGCCAGAUUUUGGGAAAAUGAUCUGCUGUGUCGAAUGGAACAACUAUUUCCACCACAGCUGUGCAAAA